UUCACGUGCCCUUUAUUAUAGUAACCUAUUUUUUGUCAGACACAAUAUGACCUGAAAUGCCCCUGUUUGGGUUCAUCAAAAGGUCAGCUUUUUAUUAUCGUCUGCAUAUUUAUAAAUAUUUUAAGAGAGAAAACAUAGAUUGACAAAGAAUGUUUAAUAGCGUCUGCAUUAAUACAACAAAUUGAUUGUGAAAUACUUAUAUCUGGUCACUAUUUGGAUUGUAUUUAUCGUACUUAAAGAAAUUUUGCAGGAUUUAACCAAAACGUGAAGGCUGGAAGGAACUUUAUUGUAUUGUGUAAUUUAAUUUUAAAACACGUUGAAACGAGGCCAACACAAUGACAUUGAACCUGUCACGUGAUGACCGUUCAGUGACCAGGUCAAGAUGAAAAUUGAGCCAUCGUCUGCUUCUACAAAUAAAUUCUGGACCAGAUGGAGAGUGUUUCUGGUGGUAAUAUUUCCAGUUAUUGUCGGUUUAUGCUUACAAUUGAGUCCAAUAGACCCCAUUCCCUACACGUUUCCAAGGCCUCUACCACGGCUAGAAGGAGGUUUAAAGAGAAACAAUUUACUACAGCAAGCAGAGAGAUGGUUUGAAGGUGCAUUGGUUGGUCCAGAAUCAUUUGCUUUUGAUAAAAAUGGAACAAUUUACACUGGCACUGCAGAUGGUAAAAUAUUUUCUAUAAGUAAGACCAAGAUUUCUCUCAUCGCUAGAACUGGUUUAGAUCAUCCACAGUGCGGCAGUGCUAAGUUUGAACCAGUAUGUGGUCGACCAAAGGGAAUGAAAGUUGGACAAGACAACAAACUGUAUUUAGUUGAUUCUUAUAAAGGGCUUCUGCGUAUAAGUUUGGAUACCGGAAAUAUAGAAAUACUUGUUUCAAAUGAAGAAGGAAGUGAAGGAACGCCAUUCCGAUUUUUGAACAGUAUGGAUAUGUCCAGUGAUGGUCUUAUAUAUUUUACAGACUCUUCUAGCAAAUGGCAGCGUCGCGAUUUUCGAUAUGCGGUAUUAGAGACAAGGCCAGAUGGGCGUGUCCUCGAGUAUAAUAUACAGACGGGAAUAUGCCGAACUUUACUCUCGGGGUUAUACUUAGCUAAUGGUAUUUCUUUAUCCAAAGAAGAAGAUUUCCUUCUAAUUGCAGAAAUGAGUGUUGCAAGACUACGCAGGUAUUACUUAAAGGGAAGUAAGGCAGGCACAAGUGACGUAUUUAUCGACAACCUUCCAGGCUACCCUGACAACGUAAAACUUAAUGCACGUGGUAAUUUCUAUGUAGGGACCGGGUCGGUGAGAUUUGAUGGUUCGAGUCCAUUAGGGUCAUUUCUUGACUUGAUUGGACCAUACCCAAAUGUGAAGAAAUUUAUUGCAGCGAUCACACCUCUAAUUUUAAAAUUUUUUAUCCAAAAAAUCCCUUUGUAG